UUAAUUCUGCUUACAUAUAACGCAUGCAGUUCUUAUAUGAUCACAUUCAUACACUUCUCCACAGACACUCGUGAGAGCUUCUCUCUUUGAUCUCAUGGCUUGUCUAUCGUUGUUUGUUUUUCUUGUUAUCCUUGUUGUCUUAGCAUUCCCUCCAGUUUGCUAUGUCCAUGGUAUAAGUUGUAUUGAAACUGAAAGGAUAGCCCUUCUCAGCAUCAAAGCAGGCAUUGAUCAGAGCAACAACCAAAGCUUGUUCUCUUCUUGGACUGGCCAAGACUAUUGCAAAUGGCAAGGAGUGAGCUGCAACAAUGAAUCCCGGCAUGUCAUCAAGCUAGAUCUCCGACGACAGUAUACUUAUUAUAACAUGCCAGCAAGUAAGUUGAACUCUUCUCUCAUUCAGCUUCAUCAUUUAAAGCACUUGGAUUUGAGCAUGAACAACUUCAAAGGCUCCCCCAUCCCAGACUUCAUUGGUUCUCUUGCCAACCUUGAGUACCUUAAUCUCUCUAAUGCUGGAUUCAAUGGAAUCCUUCCUCAUACCUUUGGAAACCUAUCAUGCUUGCGUUAUCUUGAUCUUAGCUCAAAUUUAUAUCUAGAAGCUAAUGACCUCCACUGGCUAUCUGGAAUGACAUCUUUGCAUCAUCUUGACUUGAGUGGGGUGGACCUUUCUAACGUUCAUGGUUGGCUUCAUAGUAUUAAUAUGCUCUCUUCUCUUCUUGUCUUGAAACUCUCUUAUGCUGGCCUCCAAACUGGUGGUAUUCAUGAUACUACUCUGCUUCAUCAUCAUCAUCUCAACUUCACAUCUCUUCGUGUGCUUGAUCUCUCUCAUAAUUAUGACUUGAACUUCACUCUGCCUGAAUGGUUGUUCAAUUACACUAGCCUUGUUGAACUUGAUCUCUCUGCUUGUGCUCUGUAUGGCAAGUUACCAGUCACAGUUGGUAACUUGAGUCGCUUGAGAGUCUUCAGCUUGUCUGGUAACUCUUUUGAUGGAGUGAUUCCAGAGUCCUUGGGAAAUCUUGGUAGCUUGGAGAUUCUUGAUUUGUCCGCUAAUCAAGAACUGAGUGGAAGCAUUCCGGAGUACUUUGGAAAUCUUGGUUACUUGGAGAGACUUGAUUUGUCAGAAAAUAAACUCAAUGGAAGGAUUCCGGAAUCUCUGAGCAAUCUUACAAAUUUAGUAUACUUGGAUUUGUCAUGGAAUAUGAUCAGGGGAGUGAUUCCUGAAUCCUUUGGCAAUCUCACACUUUUGCAGCAUUUUUAUGGGGCUCGUAACAAUCUCAGCGGCAAAUUGCCUGAAACUAUGGGGAAUUUUGUUCACCUUCAGGCUCUAGAUUUGUCUCAAAAUGCAAUAAGUGGAAAGUUACCAGACAGCUUUGGAAAUCUUAGCCAAUUGCAUUACUUUAGCCUGCAGGGCAGUGACAUCAAUGGAACAUUGCCAAAAGGCAUGGGGAACUUAUGCAAGUUACAGACCUUGGAUUUAACUGGCAAUAUGAUCAGUGGAGGCAUUGAUGACCUUGUUGAUGGAUUGUCUAAAUGCAGGGAGAACAAGUAUGGUUCGGCUUCGGAAAGUUGGGAGGGUCUAGGAACAUUGAAUCUGGGAAACAACAUGCUAAAUGGAACAAUUCCAGAGAACAUAGGCAAAUUAUCUAAACUGUUUGAACUGAAUCUCUCUUCAAAUUCUUUGAUGGGUGUCCUAACUGAAUCUCAUUUUGCUAAUCUUGUAAACUUGAAAUAUUUGGACUUAUCCCUACAACUCUUUGCAAUUGAAUGCAAGUGA